AUGAAGGGUCAGGUUGUAGCGCAAGUUCUCACACGCUCUCCUCUGGCGGACCUGUACGAGUUCGUGCUACAGCACCCCUAUGCUAGCGACGAGUUGCGCCGCGAGACAGAGGCCAAGCAACUCCGCUUCUAUCAUCGGAUCACACUAGCAAUGCCAGCGCAGGGGCCGCAUGCUGACGAGAUCCUUCAGGGCCAGCUCCGCAGCAAGACAUUAGAACUGGCCAAAGGUAUGGUCGUACUGGGUAUCCAGGACGAACUGGCAUGGCGCAUCUUUCUGGAGAGCACCGAUGCGCGACUGGACUCCCUGCCUUUUGACACGCUGUGCCGCUAUGUCCAGCUCUUUCCCCACACGGGUCGCGCCUGUGCGUUCCGCGCGCUUUUGCGACUUGUGCAAGACGAAGCGUACCUGGUGGCUAUGCGCGAUGCCGCCCCAGAGCGUUUGGCGGAGGAAACAGAUCUGCUGAAACUCUCGCUUGAUGGUGCAGAGCAGAGCAAAGACUCGGCGUUGUGCCUGCGCAUUAAUACCCUCUUUUAUAUGCUCGACAGGGACUACACCUCUGCGUUAGACGUUUUGGAUCAAGCACGUAAGCUUGUGGUCGAUCGAAAAGUCUCUCUUGGGGCCACUUUGGUGGCGGUGCAGAGGGAGCUGAACGUGUACUUGGCCACCUGUUAUACGCAUGUGCAUCCGCCCCAGCAUCACAAGGCAGCGCUCGAGCUUGCGAACCAAGUGUUGCGCGAGGAGCCUCACCAAAUCGACGUGCUGCUCGCUCGCAGCUACAUUGACGCGCAGCGCGGCGAGUGGGAAAAGGCCCUCAAAGGCUUUCGCCAAGUCAUGGCCCAGCCUCUUGCGUCCGGCGUCGUGCAUGGGCGGUGUCUAUCAGCGCUGUACUUAAGCCCCGACUACCACUUGGAGGCGGAGGCCGAAACCGCGCGCAUGCACUUGGAACUGGGGCAGUAUGCAGACGCACGACAUUUGCUCGAGCAGCUGCUGGAACGCUGUGACACGGACUCCAACGUGUUCGGCCCCGACUUCCGUGCGCGACUGUGGCACCAGCUUGGCCGGUGCUUCUGGGCGAUGGGCGGCGAAUUCACGUUCACCUCUCUGGGCCAGUACUACGAUGAAGCCAUCUCACCCAGCGAUGUCGUGCGCUCGUCUAAGUGCUUCCAGCGUGCAUUUGAGCUAGAUGCACGGGAGUACGAGGCAGCUCGCCGCCUUGUGCAGCACUUUUCUGAGCAGCGUGAAUGGGGCUUGGUCGACGUCAUUGCCCGCCGGGUAGUCGAAGCAGAGGGUGGCGCCGAUGUCCUCACUGGCGAGGCGUCAAGGGUGCAUGUUACGCAAAACCCGUGGGUGUGGAAGGCGAUCGGUAUUGUCGAGUCAACACAGGGACAUGCUGAUGCUGCUGUGGCCGCUUUCCAGGUCGCCUUGCGUGCCUCAUCCAAGGACGUUGAUGCCUGGGUGCGUCUGGGCGAAGCCUAUGUCGAGUCAGGCCGCCCUGUCGCUGCUCUCAAGACAUAUGAUCACGCACUGCAUCUACUGGGCAAGACCGACAGGGAAGAGAGCCACUAUUGGCACAUCUACUACGACGUGGCAGAGGCACAGCGACGCCUUGGUCGCUUUGACCGCGCAACUGAUCUUCUGGAGCGAGUGCUUCGUUUGUCGCCGCAGCAAUAUGGCGUGAAGGUUGUGCUUGCGGAAACGCGCCUUGCACACGCACGGCAUUUGCUGACGGGUGGCUACUCGCUGCGAGCUCUGCAAGCGCUCCAUAUGGCCAUUCACAACGCUGCCGAGGCUCUGGAGAAAGACCAUUAUCUCCGGACUGCGUGGAAAGCAGUGGCCGAUGCCUGCUUCUUGCUGUCCAAGAUGGAUGUUAUGGGCCUGGCCAGCGACGCUUCCCUCACCUCGACACUGCAAGAUCUGGCUCUGAUUUUAGGCCAGCAGGACCUUGACAACCGCCUGCCGGCUGUGCACGUCGUCAAAGCCUCUUCCAUGUCCCGACUCGUGGUCGAAGAGCGCGAGCCGCAUCCGCACGAGUACCUCGAGUACGCUGCGCUCUUUUACAAGUACCUGGCACUGGUACAUGCGAUGGAUGCGCAGGCCUCUGUCCUCGCCUGGGCUGACCUGGCCACGGCCCUGUGCCGUCUGUGGUGGGUGUGGCCACUUCCUGCUACGGUGGCUCGCCAUGAGACACCUGAUGUGGCCCACGCCGAGGCACGCGCCGAGAAGGCCCGCACCCAAGCCGUGGAGUGCACGCGCGUAGCCUUGGCAACCAAGCCUCAUGCGCGCUUGUGGCUCCUUUUGGGCAACCUGCAUUUCUCACACGAUGUCGCCUUGGCGCAACACGCCUAUAUCCAAGCGAUCGACGCCAAUGGGAAGAGCCCCGUGCCGUGGACGAACCUUGGCUUCUUGUAUCUGCAGGCGGGCGACUUGGCAUUGGCCGAGGAGGCGUUUGUUCGCGCGCAGACCAUUGAUCCCGAAUGGCCGGGGUCCUGGCUGGGCAGCGCCCUUGUCCACCGUACUCACCAGGGUGACGCGCGCGUCUUCACGCGCUUGUUCGAGCAGGCCUAUCUCCUGUCCGACGGUGCACUGCUUGAGGCGGACUACGGCUUUGCUCUGGCCAUGUUUCAGCGGGCCAAGGCAGGUACGCCGUUUGCGUCGGUGCGCAUGAUGGAGCCUCUGCUGGCCUUGCAUCACUACAUGACUCAGCUCCCGCAUGACGAGACAGUUUUGCACCUGAGCGCCCUCCUAGCGGAGCAAAUGGGCGGUGCUGCCCUGGCGGCACAGAGGAUCGAGCGGGCAUCGACCCUUCUUGAGACCGAGUACGAGGCGACCGAGAGUACUUCGAGUGCCUUGCGCUAUGGUCUUGCGAACCUCAAUCUGGGUCGGAUUCACUUGAUGCAUGGGGGCGCUGAUGCCGCCGUCGAUGCCCUGGAAGCAGCUCAGGCGCUCUUGGACGAAGAUACGGACGGUGGCGAGCACCGGCCCGCCUAUGGUGUGCUGUCAUGA